ACCAGGAAGUGCUUCCGUCAUCUACACAGGAAGUUGAAAUAUCAGCUGUUUUUUGGUGUUUUUAAUGGAAGUUGCUGCUGUAGGAGAGUGUUUUUUCCACUCUUUCCUUAAAAAACGCGAUAGAGACAUAAUAAACAAAUAAGGAAAUCUGUGGUUGCCCAUAACCACGUACGACAAUCGGUUGAGAACGAAGUUAUUUAAGCAUUGUAUAGCCAACGUCAGAUCACGAACAGCUAGCUUGCUGGCUUAUUUACUGAAUACGGAAAGAAAGAAAACAGUCGGAUGUUGCUAGCUAGACAUUGUAUUUAUAUUGUGCCAGAUCAAACUGCAGUAUUUGUAUGGAACUAAGAUAAAGAACACCUCUUUAUUUAUUGAAGAAAAGCGACUGAGUGUGAAUGUAUUCGUUUUAUGUAAUUAUAUAAACCGGUGUAGUCUUCGGUAGUUGGAUCACGACGUACGUUAGCUAGUGCUGCCAGUACGCGAUUUGAUCAAGAAACUGUCGGUACAAGCGAGUGACAUCGAAGCAGAGACAAAGCUGCAGCUGUGUAUACGCUUUGUAACUGCAUUUGAGUACUGAGUUGUAUUAUGCAUUGAAAUAAUAUCCGUUCAUGUAAUUUAUGGGUAAUUAUUUAGGAUUUUAGCUUGUCGUGUUUUAUUUUCGAGUGAAUUGUGUGUUUUAGCUCUGGCUACCAAGUUUAACUAAAGGAAUGGUAGCUGGCUGGCUACGUGUGCUCUAUUUAUUAUACUGAGUUUAAAAGCAACGGGGACAGCACAAUAACAACUAACCCGACUUGCGUACGUUAGCUAGAUCUAUAUAUAUAUAUUGUGUUUUUAACAAAGUCGUUUUAAGUAUUAUUUUGUAACUACCUAGCUAACUGUUGCAUUGCAAUUUAACUUGGUCACAAGCUGUGUAUAUAAUUGAUAACGAACCAGAAAGAUUCGUCAGUAUUGACAAAUAGAAAACAAUUUUCUGGCACUGUCAGAGGACCGAACUGAACAUCCAAAGCCCUCCUCGCCAAUGCUGGAUCUGGAGGUAGUUCCUGAGAGAUCUUUGGGAAAUGAACAAUGGGAAUUCGCAUUAGGGAUGCCAUUGGCCCAGGCCAUCUCAAUUCUGCAAAAACACUGCCGCAUCAUCAAGAAUGUCCAGGUUCUCUACAGUGAACAGACGCCCCUCAGCCAUGACCUCAUUCUCAGCCUGACUCAGGAUGGAAUUAAACUGCUGUUUGAUGCUUGCAACCAGAGACUGAAGGUAAUCGAAGUGUAUGACUUGAGCAAAGUGAAGUUGAAAUACUGUGGUGUGCAUUUCAACUCUCAGGCCAUAGCCCCUACCAUAGAGCAGAUUGACCAGUCGUUUGGAGCCACACACCCUGGAGUUUACAAUGCCGCAGAGCAGCUGUUCCACCUGAACUUCCGGGGUCUGUCCUUCUCCUUCCAGCUGGACUCCUGGAGCGAAGCCCCCAAGUAUGAGAUCCCCCAUGGAGCGACAGUCAAGCGCAUGUACAUUUACACGGGGAACAGCCUGCAGGACACCAAGGCCCCUGUGAUGCCACUGGCCUGUUUCCUUGGCAACGUGUACGCAGAAUGCGUGGACGUGUUGCGGGAUGGGGCGGGGCCACUUGGACUGAGACUCCGCCUCCUUACUGCAGGGUGCGGUCCCGGGGUUAUGGCCGAUGCUAAGGUGCGGGCACUGGAGCGCCACAUCUACUUCGGAGACUCCUGUCAGGACGUCCUGAGCGCGCUCGGUUCGCCCCACAAAGUCUUCUACAAGUCGGAGGACAAGAUGAAGAUCCACUCCCCCUCCCCUCAUAAGCAGGUCCCGUCCAAAUGCAACGACUACUUCUUCAACUACUUCACCCUUGGUGUGGACAUAUUGUUCGAUGCCACUACACACCUGGUGAAGAAGUUUGUCCUUCACACCAACUACCCCGGUCAUUACAAUUUCAACAUAUACCAUCGAUGUGAUUUCAAGAUCCCUCUCGUCAUUAAGAAAGGUGAUGUUCAGGGAGGGGACUGUAUUCUGACCUCCUACAGCAAGUGGGAUCAGAUUCAGGAGCUGCUGGGUCACCCUGUGGAAAAGCCAGUUGUACUUCACAGGUCAUCGUCCGCUAAUAAUACAAAUCCUUUCGGCUCCACUUUCUGCUUUGGGCUCCAGAGGAUGAUUUUCGAGGUGAUGCAGAACAACCACAUCGCGUCUGUGACCUUGUACGGCGUCCCCAGGCCAAGCGGCCACGCCCAGGCCGAGCCCCCCGCCCACUGAGCCGCGCCCAGCGGCUGCGUCCCUUUACAGCCUGGCCCCGCCCUGCCCUGCCCCGCCCCGCCCCGACACUACAGAUGUUCCAGCAGGACCGCUCAGUGCAGCGCGCCUUGAUUUGACGCCGCUGUUGCACCAGAGGAUUCUGGGCGUUGUUCCAGUCUGGUUGGCCCCUCCGUGAAGGCGGCUCGAUUGGUGUUCACAGGAGCCGUGAGGAAAUCUUUAACCCCGCCCCCUCCCCAGAUACUGACCCCAGGCUCUUUCCCCUCGAACCCCUCCUGUGUUCAUUUCUACAGUAGCCCACACAUGCUCGCACGCAUGCGCGC